AAACACAUGCUAUAAUUGUUUUUAGGUUAUGAAUGGUAUAUUAGGUUAAGUUAUUCAUCCAUUAAGAAUUUUGAAAACAUUUACUUUUAUAUGAGUUUAGUACACGAUCGAAAAUGGAGUAUAUUAAAGAACCCUUGCCGAGUGAACCAUUAAAACCGACAAUAUUAUGUUGCGAGUGUGGUAUAGCUAUCGAACCAAAUCCUGCUAAUAUGUGCGUCGGUUGUCUACGUUCGCAGGUAGAUAUAACGGAAGGUAUACCUAAACAGGCUACUUUGCAUUUUUGUCGUGGAUGUGAAAGAUAUUUUCAACCGCCAGCCGAAUGGAUAAAUUGCGCUUUAGAAUCCAGAGAAUUACUCUCGUUAUGUUUGAAGAAACUUAAAGGUUUAAAUAGAGUUAAGCUUGUUGACGCCUCUUUCGUUUGGACUGAACCUCAUUCCAAAAGAAUUAAGGUAAAAUUAACUGUACAUGGGGAAGUGGCUGGAGGUGCUAUAUUACAGCAGGUAUUUGUUGUGGAAUAUACUGUUUCGCAUCAGAUGUGUGAUGAUUGUCAUCGGUCGGAAGCACAGGACUUUUGGAGGGCUUCAGUACAAGUUAGACAAAAAUCAGAAAACAAAAAGACGUUUUAUUAUCUUGAACAACUUAUUUUAAAGCACAAAGCUCAUGAGAAUACGUUAGGUAUAAAACCUGUUCAUGGUGGUUUGGAUUUUUUUUAUACUACUGAGAGCCACGCUAGGAAAAUGGUGGACUUUUUAGCCGCAGUUCUUCCUUGCAAAUUUCAACAUUCCAAAAAAUUAAUUUCCCACGAUAUCCACAGCAAUGUCUAUAAUUACAAAUUCACAUAUUCGGUGGAUAUUGUACCGGUAUCCAAAGAUAGUGUAAUUUGUCUUCCAAAAAAAUUAACCCAACAAUUAGGAGGAAUUUCUCCUAUAUGUUUAAUUUACAGAGUUACAAAUUCUAUACAUCUCAUAGAUCCUUCGACAGCUCAAAUCGCAGAAGUUAAUGCCACCACGUUUUAUCGCAACCCUUUUGGUGCUAUUUGUAAUCCUAAACAGCUAGUAGAAUAUAUUGUAAUGGAUAUUGAACCGAUUAAAGAUAAAGAUAGAAAAAUAUUUCCCGGACAAGGUGCUAUAUCAUACAGACACGUUCUUGCUGAUAUUUGGGUAGUAAAAGCGUCCGAAUUGGGUAUUAAUGACAAUAAUAUCCAUACUAGAACUCACCUGGGACACAUAUUAAAACCUGGAGAUUCUGUUUUAGGAUAUAAUUUAGAAGAUAGCAAUAUAAAUGACAGCAAUUUUGAUAAACUCGAAAGAACGUCCAUUCCGGAUGUUCUUUUAGUGAAAAAACUGUAUGGAGACAGAUCUUUUAGAAGGAGACAAAGAAUUUGGAAACUAAAGAGACUUGCUGAAGGAGAUACCGCAUUUAAUCCUGAUGCCAAUGAUUACCACGAAUUUUUGGACGACCUUGAAGAAGAUCCUGAUUUAAGACAGAAUAUUAAUAUAUUCAAGGAUAAAUCUAAACUUAUAGCUGUGGAUGUUUUUGAUAACGAAGGCGAUGCUCCUCGUGUUACUUUGGCGGAAAUGUUGGAUGAUUUGGUCAUAGAUGACGUCGAAAUGGAGGAAGUUGAUUAAAUAAUUUUUUAUAUACAGUGUUUAAAUGAAUUGUUUAUUUUCAUUAAACUGUAAUAUAUCUUCAGAAUUCA